AUUGAUUUGUGCACGACAGGAAAACCCAUAAAAUAAAUCGUAUAAGGCAAAAUGAUUAUCUCUCGUUUCCGCAAACCACCUGUUAUCCAAAAGCCGUUUCCGAAGGCCAUGUGAAUUCUCAAGAAAUUUUUGUCCUAACAUUUGCAACUAUUCGCUGCUGCUUAAAACAUUUUCAUAUCGACAACUAUCGUGAACCAAAAACAAUCAAUGCCAAUCUGACUUCAGAUCGUCGUAUCAGAUUUACCCCAUGCAUUUUCUACUGUGAAAAUAUUGCCGUUUUCAGAGCUCAAUUCGAGCAAUAGUUGCUGACUUUCGAGCUACAAACAAUUGUAGAGCUUAUUCGCAUUACAGAGCUGUUUAGUACGGUAUGGCCUUAUAAAUCUGCAUGAAAACGCUAAUAUUACAAGUAAAACAAGGGUCGAAAUCCCCAACUAGGAUAAAUUAAAGCUUCAUUGAGGGUAAUGGAAGGGUUUACAGGCGAUGGAGGGCAAUCCGUGCCGCUUGCCAGAUGGAGGAGCAAUUUUUCAAGGAGAUUUCAGUACUAUUUGGAUAAAUCGACCCCGCACCCUUUACGCAGAUGGCUCGGCACUUCUGUUGCUGCGAUUAUAUACAUUUUGAGGGUUUAUUACGUGCAGGGGUUUUACAUUGUGUCUUAUGGAUUAGGGAUUUAUGUGCUCAAUUUGCUGAUAGGGUUUCUGUCUCCUCAAGUUGAUCCUGAAAUCGAAGGGAUGGAUGGGGUCUCUUUGCCAACCAAGGGUUCCGAUGAGUUCAGGCCCUUCGUUCGCAGGCUUCCCGAAUUCAAAUUCUGGUAUUCCAUUACAAAGGCAUUCUGUAUUGCGUUUCUGAUGACCUUUUUUUCGGUAUUUGACGUCCCUGUAUUUUGGCCCAUAUUAUUGUGUUAUUGGGUUGUGCUCUUUGUUCUUACAAUGAAACGCCAAAUAAUGCACAUGAUCAAGUACAAAUAUGUUCCAUUUUCUCUAGGAAAACGAAGAUAUUCGGGAAAGAAACCAGCUGGUGACAAGGCAAGUACUUCUAGAGAAUGAUUGUCAAUAUCCAAACUCUGGGUAUUCUUGUAUGUUCUUUAUGCAAAAAUGCAUAUUACUUCUGUAUAAAUUGCCUAGGGUAUUGAUCGGAAGUAAAUUGAGCCUUGCUAUAAGGUGUGUAGUUUCUAAUUAGGAAGUGUGAUAGUUGAAAGAUGAUCUUAAAAGUUAUUUGUACUUUUUUCAGCUCAACAUACGGCAGGUAAUGUAAUCUUGGGGUGCAGGUAGUUCUGAUUCGUUUUCCAUUAGUUGAGAAUCUCUAUUAUUGUUGCCUGAGUCUUAAUAUUGUUGAGAUUUGUUCUGAAUAAACUUCAGUAUACAGCUUGGAAGA